AUGACGGAUCCACUCGACCUCUCGCUCGACCUGUUGCGUCGCUUGCCGCCAUCCAAAGUGGAGCAGAACCUCGAAUCCAUCGUCAAGCUCAUCCCAUCCUACGCCGACGACCUCUAUUCGUCCGUCGAUCAGCCACUCAAGGUCAAGCUCGACAACUCCAAGCAUGGAGCAGGACGCGAGUUCUUGUCCUGUGACUACAACAAAGACGGAGACAGCUGGCGAUCGUGGAUUUCGGACACCUAUCAUCCACCCAUCUCGCCGGAUGCUGAUGAUACACCAGAUGGAGAACGAGGGACAAGGCCUAGCGCACCUUUACGAUCGCUUGAAUUGAAGGCCAAUGAUGCGUUUGAGACAUAUGCCAAGCUCUACUACGACAAUGCGCUCUCCAGUGUUUACCUCUGGGACCUCGACAGCGAUUCAAGCUCCCUUCCGAAUGCAACCGUUGGCGGUGCACAGGCACCUUGCACUUUUGCAGGUGUCGUCUUGCUCAAGAAGUCCAUCGGCCAGGACAGCGGCAACGGUAUUUCUGGUGCAUGGGACUCAAUCCACGUCUUUGAGGCAACCGAACGUGCAAGUGGUGCUUCCAAAUCCUCCUCGACCGGAAAUGGUGCCAGUGCGAGCUACAAGCUUACCUCAACCGUUAUGCUCAGCCUCAUCCGUCGCGACCAAGGCGAAGAAGAUCCCGCCGAAUUGACACCUUCUUCCACCAAAGUCGGCACAGUCGAGAUUGCCGGCAGUUUGACACGUCAGUCUGAAGCCGACUAUGCUUUGCCCGACUUUGUCUCGCACGUGUCCAAUGUGGGUCGCAUGAUCGAGGACAUGGAGGCCAAGAUGCGUAAUCAGCUGCAAGAAGUCUACUUUGGAAAGACAAGGGAUGUUAUUAGUCAUCUGCGUAGUACGCAGAGUCUGGAGAAGGAGAGGAAGGCGAGAGAUCUGCAAAAGGAGCUUAUGGGUUUGUGGAAAAAGUGA